UAUAAAAGGGUCCCAGCAGUUCUCUCUCUACGUUAAACUAGGACAACACUGAUUAACAAAAUGGGGAAGAUCAUCUUUUAUGAAGACAAGAACUUCCAGGGCCGCUCCUAUGAGUGCAGCAGUGACUGCGCUGAUCUGCACUCUCAUUUCAGCCGCUGUAACUCCAUUCAGGUGGAGAGUGGAAGCUGGAUGGUGUAUGAGCGGCCACACUUUAUGGGCUACCAGUACUUCCUGUGCAGGGGCGAGUACACUGACUAUCAAAGAUGGAUGGGUUUCAACGACUGUGUCAGAUCCUGUCGAAUGAUACCCCAACACCAGGGAUCCUUUAGAAUGAAGAUCUAUGAACGUUCAGAUUUCGGUGGUCAGACAAUGGAGUUUACUGAUGACUGUCCAUCCCUUUAUGAUCGCUUCCACUACAACGAUAUCCACUCCUGCAACAUACAAGAUGGAUACUGGAUCUUCUAUGAGCACCCCAAUUAUAGAGGUAGACAGUACCUCCUGAGACCCGGCGAGUACAAACGGUACAGCGACUGGGGUGCCAUGAGUUCAAGAGUUGGUUCUAUCAGACAUAUUACUAUCUGAUACCAAGCAGUAAUAGCUCAGAUACUGUAGAUCUGGAAUAAAAGCAAAUGUUUUCUUCUCUCACCAAUGACAUUUACUAUUGAAUAUGAAAAUUAAACAUGUUUGACCUGUGA